UCGGUGGCAUUAGCAAAAACUUGCGUAUUUGCUCCAUCCGUGUCUGUCGACAUCAGGUCCUCCUCCAGCCUUUUUAUAAGCUGCCUUCACCGCCGAGCAGACGACAUUUUCGGGGUUCGGUCUUCAGCUGUCCGUCCUCACAGCCUCGUACCUGUGUGUGUCUUUCGGAGGACGUUUGUUUCUCUGUCGGAGCGUCUGGAACCGAAACCUCGGACACACACUGAGCCCUGUUCUACUUCAGUGGGCGGAUAAAGGACGGCAUCCGGGCCUGGCAGCUCCGGAGAGUCGGCUUGAAACGACAGAAUUCACCAUUUUCAGGCCGUGUGCUGCCCUGCCAUGGAGAAGAUGAAGAGGAUUAAGAAGCGUCUGUCUUUAACACUGCGCCCCAGCCAGACCAUCGACGAGUCUCUGUCUGAACUGGCUGAGCAGAUGACCAUCGAGGACGGCGGCACCAAGGACAACGAGCCCUUCAUGAGGAAUGGCCGCCCCCCCACUUCCCACAGCAUGCACUCUUUUCUGCACCAGUACACCGGGUCCUUCAAGAAGCCGCCCCUGCGUCGGCCACACAGCGUCAUCGGUGGCACGCUGGGGUCCUUCAUGGCCAUGCCACGCAACGGCAGCCGCCUGGACAUUGUGCACGAGAACCUGAAGAUGGGUUCUGACGGGGAAAGCGAUCAGGCAUCGGGAACAUCUUCAGAUGAGGUCCAGUCUCCAACUGGAGUCUGUCUGAGGAACAGAGUCCACCGACGAAUCUCCAUGGAGGACCUCAACAAGCGCCUGUCGCUGCCUGCUGACAUCCGAAUUCCCGACGGCUACCUGGAGAAGUUGCAGCUCAGCAGCCCCCCCUUCGACCAGCCGCUCAGUCGACGCUCCCGCCGAGCCUCGCUGUCGGAGAUUGGGUUUGGGAAGCUGGAGACAUACAUUAAGCUGGACAAACUGGGAGAGGGAACAUAUGCCACAGUGUUUAAAGGUCGCAGCAAGCUGACAGACAACCUGGUGGCUCUGAAGGAGAUCCGGCUGGAGCAUGAAGAAGGAGCCCCGUGCACAGCCAUCAGAGAAGUGUCAUUACUGAAGGACCUGAAACACGCCAACAUCGUGACGUUACAUGACAUCGUCCACACCGACAAGAGUCUCACGCUCGUCUUCGAGUACCUGGAUAAAGAUCUGAAGCAGUACAUGGAUGACUGUGGAAAUAUAAUGAGCAUGCAUAAUGUGAAGAUCUUCCUGUUCCAGAUUUUGCGAGGGCUGUCGUAUUGUCAUAAGAGAAAAGUUCUCCACCGGGACCUGAAGCCACAGAACCUCCUCAUCAACGACAGAGGAGAACUCAAACUGGCUGAUUUUGGGCUGGCGAGGGCAAAGUCUGUCCCGACUAAAACCUAUUCCAACGAGGUGGUGACGCUUUGGUACCGGCCUCCUGAUGUUCUGCUGGGAUCCUCAGAGUACUCAACACAGAUUGACAUGUGGGGCGUUGGCUGUAUAUUCUAUGAGAUGGCUGCGGGUCGGCCUCUGUUCCCAGGCUCCACUGUGGAGGACGAGCUCCACCUCAUCUUCAGGCUACUGGGCACACCCACAGAGCAAAACUGGCCAGGAAUCUCCGCCAUCGAAGAGUUUAAAUCCUACAAUUUCCCCAAAUACAAACCCCAGCCGAUAAUCAACCAUGCCCCCAGGUUAGAUGGUGAGGGCAUCGAGCUGCUGCUGGCUUUCCUCAGAUACGAAUCCAAGAAGAGGAUUUCAGCUGAAGAGGCGAUGAAACAUUCCUACUUCAGGCAGCUUGGGAUGAGAGUGCACACACUGCCUGAGAGCGUAUCAUUAUUCACAUUAAAAGAAGUGCAGAUGCAGAGAGACCCUGGCUACAGGAACUCUUCGUACCCAGAGUCAGUUUUGCAUUUGGCUAGAGUAAGUGUCACUCCUGGUAGCAUGAGGCGAUACCUGGACCCUACAGAGUUUCCACAGGCAAUCCAACUCCUCCAGGAUGGCACAUCAAUGCGUACCAUUCCCAGAAGGUUUGCUGUGUCUCCCAGCACAUUCUCAAGCACAUGGAGGAGAUUCCAGGAGACAGGUAGUUAGUCUAAGAGAGCUGGACAGGGCUGUUGAAGGUCCUCAACCGAUCAGCAGGACAGGUAUCUGCUCCUUUGUGCAAGGAGGAACAGGAUGAGCACUGCAAUAGCUCUACAAAAUGACCUCCAGCAGACCACUGGUGUGAAUGUCUCUGAUCAAUCAGAAAGAGAUUUAAUGAGAGUGGUCUGAGGACCAAGCAUCCUCUAGUGCACGCUGUGCUCGCUGACUUGCACCGUGGAGCUCGGCUGGCAACACAGGAAUUUGCAAGUCCACCACUGAUGCUCUGUGCUUUUCACAGAUGAGAGCAGGUUCACCCUGAGCGCAUGUGACAGGCAUGAAAGGGUCUGGAGAAGCCGUGGAGAAUGUUAUGCUGCCUGUGUGUGCCUGUGACAUUGUUCAGCAUGACUGGUUUGGUGGUGGGUCAGUGAUGGUGUGGGGAGGCAUAUCCAUGGAGGGAUGCACAGACCUCUACAGGCUGGACAAUGGCAUUCUGACUGCCUUUAGGUAUCAGGAUGAAAUCCUUUGACCCAUUGUCAGACCCUACAUUGAUGCAGUGGUCCUGGAUUCCUUCUGGUGCACAACAAUGCCCAGUCUUAUGUGGUAAGAGAACUCAUGCAGUUCCUGGAGGAUGAAGGAACUGAUACCAUUAGCUGGCCCCCAUGCUCACCUGACCUGAAUCCAAUAGAACACCUUUGAAACAUUAUGUUUUGUUCCAGCCGACACCAUCAGGUUGCUCCUCAGACUGUCCAGGAGCUCAGCGAUGCCCUGGUCCAGUUCUGGGAGGAGAUACCCCAGGACACCAUCUGUCGUCUCAUUCAGAGCUUGUCCCGGCAUCGUCAGUCAUGCAUACAAGCACAUGGAGGCCAUACAAACUACUGAAUACCAUUUUGAGCUUCUGCCAAGGAAUUUCAGCAAGAUGGACUAGCCUGCCACAUCAGUUUUUCACUUUGAUUUUGGGGUGUCUUGAAUUUAGCCCUGCUGGGGGGUUGAUAAUUUUCAUUCCCAUCAAACAAUGUGGCACUUUUCAUUCCUAACGCAUUAUCCAGUCCAAAUCAAUGCUAAUAUCCAGUUUGUUUUUUCCCCGUAUUGAAAUAUGAUGCAUUUUCAAAGUGUUCUUUUAAUUUUUUGAGCAGUAUAUACACGUGUGUGUGUAUAUAAUAUUUGCAAGAAAAGCAGGGUUUUUUUUUCAGAUAUAUCUACAGAUAUAUCUGGGCAUUUUUAAGGGUGAUGCUACAAAUUAGACUUUUGUUUUUCCAGUUUCUAUAUAGCUUAUUUUAGUCAAUCCCUGGUAUCUUAAUUAUGUCACUGCAUGCUGGAACAUAAAAACCUACAAGCCUCUCUUACAAACAAACUAUCUAUUUUUCUUAUUAUUAUUACACAGUCCAAAAUUAAAUACAAAGUAAACCGUACAUACAUAUAUAUAACCGUACCAUUCCAUAAAGUUGGGGGCUUACAUGAGGUACAUUAUUCAAAGUAGGACUAAAACUAAAGCAGCAGAACCUGGGAUAUCCUGAUUUUUAGUGCCUGGUUUGGGUUUCUAAUCUUCCCAUAAUUCAAAUUAAAUAGUAUUUGGAUCGACAGAUAGAAUAGGGCUUCUUGUUCUAAAUAAUCUGAACACCAUGUGUGAAAUCAUUGCUCCUCAUUUUGGCAAAAGUGUCAUUAUUUUUAGUAAAUGUUUUUGUAAACCAAAAGCAUUAUGGGUAUUGUAUUCUUACAGUUUUCUCUCUCUCUCCAGGUAAUGGCAAGAUCAACAGGCGCCAAAGCAUGCUCUUCUAAUGUUCCCUGAAGAGGAUGCUCCACUGGCCAGCUUCAUCAUCAAUUUCCAGCAACCUUUCGCAUGAGCCCACCACCCCUCGGAGUGACGACCCCCUCCCCUUUACCUGCACACACACACACACAGAUGUGAACACACAUGAACACGCACACACACCCCUCUGAGCGAGUGACUCUGAGUUGAAUCUAUGUGGAGACUGUGUUUAUUUAUUGGGGGGCAGGGUGAGGUUGAAUUUAUUGCUGCUAAACUACUACUGUCUGUAUUUAAUACACCGUGUGUGUGCAUGCGUGUAUAUGUGUGUGUGUGUGUGUGUGUGUGUGUGCACGUGAUGUGAACUCGAGAUGCCAUGCACAGUUGAGCAGUCAGUAAGGUUCCUCUUGUUCUUCUUCUGACUACGAGUCUCCGGCUUCUUUUGAGUUAGAAUUCAAGUGAUGUUGACGUCGAUGCUGUGAUCCAAGUUGUUGUUCUUGUUGUUGUGCUUGGAGACUGAAAGCUUCAAUUUCUUCAGAUUUUUUCAAAAAAAAAUAUGUAUAUCUACAUAUAUAUAUAUUUGGAGGUUAUGUUUUGUUUCUCUUUGAGCUUCCGUGACUGAACUCCACAACAUUUCCAGGUUUAGAAAGACUGGAACACUAGAUGGUGUUAGAUGGAUGGAAAAAAAUCUGGAUUUCCAAUUGUCAUUUUUCCAAAACAUUUCAGAUUGACUCUGCUUUCAGAAAGCCUGCUGCCCUCGAGGGUUACAGUGAAAGUCAGAAAGCGUGACUGUAAGUGGAUUGACAGCUGAGGGGUUAAAGAAGCACACAGAGCCCAGCCAGCAUCACAAUAUCCAGCUUUUGGGCCUUGGGUUCCUUUCCUCCAUUCUGGCACAGCAAUGGGACCAAACUGGGGUGAAGGGAAGGCACACAGUUGGGAAGACUGGCGGAAAGAUGAUGGAAGAGGAAUACUGGAGCUGGAAACAAAGUCAUGUGGCAUCCCACAGGAAGCCAGCAAGCCUUCCCUAAAACCCCUCACUAAACUGCCAGGACUUCAUUGCUUCUUUUCUUCAAAAAUGCAAACUACAUUUUUCCUGCUCUGUGUGUAUUUGGAGGUCUCACUGCAGUAACUCUUUGUUUUUAACUUGCACUUCAGUGUGUGUUUUUUCUGUUAUUUUUUUUUAAUCAGGGACACUGGCCUGGACACGGCUGAGUUUACCCAACAGUAUUAGGAUAUGUUCUCUUUGUCUGUGACUUUGAGCUCUCCUUCUGAAACAACGGUGUCAUUGUGGCAUGUUUUCCGGAGGUGGGGUGGGAGGAUGGGAGGGAUAGUGGGGAUCAGGAUGGACUGUUCAAAAAGCAAAACAGUUAUUUUCCACUGCCCUCUCCAGCAUUUGUACAAAAAAGACAUUUCAAAUUGAAAUUUUAGCUUGAACAGUCCGCUGUGUUGUUUGCAACUGACAGUGAUGCUACAGAUGAUGAAGCCUGUUGAGAAGUCUGCUUUUGGCCACAUGUUUACUGAAGCAAAUGGAAGAUCUCCCCAAAUCACUCUUACAAAAGCGAUGUGAUGUGCAUUCCUGUCUUCAUUUAGUUGCAUGUUUUAUAUUUCUCAUUGCUAUGGACCAAGGUCGGUGUAGGCGCACGUGGUCCAGAUGUUUCCAGGAGUUUCACCCCUUUCAAAGGAAUAGUUUGACAUUUCGGGAGAAAUGAAAUAUGGCAGUUGAGAGAUUAUUGCAGUGAGAAAUUUAGAUGCUAAAUAUGAAUGUGUAGCAGCAGCAGAUUAGUUUAGCAUAGCUUCAUUCAACACAAAGACCUGGGAAACAGUUAAAAGUAACUAGCACAAAAUCUGCCCAACAGGACCUAUAAAGCUUACUAACCAACACUUCUUUGAUUACGUAAGCGUAAAAACCACAAGCUGCAGUUUAUCUCAGUUACAUACUGGACUAUUUCUUAGCUAGCUGCACAUAGCCCUCUUUAAAAUCACACCGUUUUACUUUUACACUUAGUUUUUUUGUGCAAAUGUAAAAACUGUUAUUCUAAAAUUUCUACAGUUUCAUUUAGCAGACGCUUUAAUCCAUAGCGACGUACGUCUGAGAGUAGAUACAACACAAGCAAGGAUCUAACCAGGAGAAAACAACCUGGAUAAGAGCCAUAAAGCAAGUUAAAGUGUGAUAAUAGGACCGUGGUGUCUACAGGCAGCGUGGGAGGAAACAGGAAAUUGGUUUUUGCAGUUAAGUGUAAAGGUAUUCAGUGAAGAGUUGGUUUUACGUAUUUUCUUAAAGAAAAGAUGUUAUGUGUUAAUUACUAAGCUUUACACAUGCUGAUGGGCAGAAUGUGUUUCCUGCAGAGCUACAACUGGAAAAACUUAACAUCGUAUCAAGUCUGUUUGUCUUAUUUUUAGUCAAAAUGUCUCAUUCCACGUGAUUUAGUAUAAAUUCACUUAACAAUGACAUUUCAGCAAGAUAGAGGGACUUGUUUUAAGACAAUGCAUCUUAAAUAUCUUGUUAAGUCAAACAAUCUUGAAAUGAUCUUGUUUUGAGUUGAAUUUUACAAGAAAACUCAAAAUAAGUUUAACCUUCCUGUCAUCCUGUAGGUCAAAUUGACCCGUUUUAAAGUUUGAAUAUGUGGAGAAAAGAAUAUUUUCACAGUGAAAAUUCUGAUGUCCACAUUUUAAACCUUUUUGGGAAAUUUUUGAACAUUUUUUGGUGGAAAAAAAAAAUGUUAAAAAUGUUUUUUAAAAACAGUCACAAAAAAUCAACCAUUGAUUUUUAUGUGAACGUUCUUAAAGAAAAUAUUAGAAGUUCUACAGAUGUAAUCACUUUAGAUAUUUUUUGGAUUUUUUCAGAAGAUUUUUACUAUUUUUAAAAAAAAAUGGUUACACUAAUUUUCUUGACAAAUUUGGGGGAUUUUUUAAAAAUGAAACUUUUAAGGAAUGAUCGGAAUUUUCUUCCUGAAGGUUUUCCAAAUUUUCAGAAAUUUGGGGAUUCUUUUGCUGAAUUUUUGGAUUUUUUCAGACAAGGAAACAAUAUUUUUUGGUGGCUGUAAAUGAAGACAACAGGAGGGUUAAUACAUCUCAAAUUAGGAGGUUACAUGAAAGCAAAAAUCUAUUUUUGAGUGAUAAGCUGCUUUUUUUUUUUUUAGCAUGUCUGGCUUAUUUUAAGACACCCAAGCUUCACAAUCCUGGUAAAAUCUAGCUUAAAAUAAGUUUUCCCAGCUAAUUUUAAGAUCUCAAUAUUCUAAAUAUCUUAUCUUAUUUCAAGAAAUCUUACCAAGCCAUUUUUCAGUUGUUGCAUUGGCAAAUUUUUUCACUUACUUCAAGGUAAAAGUUCCUUGAAAUAAGUUUUUUUUCUUGUUUUGAGAGGAGCAUUUUUUUUUUGCAGUGUAGCUUUUUUAUCAGAUUCUUUAGUCUUUAUCUGUGUUUAGCUAAGCUAACCAGCUGCUGGCUCCUGCUAAAUGUUUAAUGUACAUGCACAAGUGUGGCAUCAAUCUUUACCUCUAAUUCUCAGCGCAAGAGCAGUUAGGCACAUUUUACAAAAUGUCAAACUAUUCCUUUGAAAUAUUAACAGUAGACAUAUUUCUGUGACAGUCUGAAUAUGAAAGGGCAAGGGCUGAAAAGGAGUGACCGUUUUACAACAAAAUUCAACAGUCACAUGGUGGAGAGCAUUUUCUGCCCUCACAGUAGCAACAAUAGAACAGAGUGCAGUGCAUAAACAUGUGCACUAAAUACCAUCAGGAGUGCACUGAACAUCACACAGUGAACGCGAAAGGAGGUCUGAGGGAGGUCUUCCACUUAGUGCAGCUUGUUUGCUCAACAUUUACAUCAAAAUUUCAUAUUUAUUGUCUGUUGAGAUUUAUAGGAUUUGUCUGAGCAACACUAGAGUUCUCUGUUACAACAUACUGUUUGGAUAGAAAAGUGCUGGAGGCACUGCUAAUGCUUGAUAAAUUCAUUAUUAACUAAGAGCAUUGAUUAACUUUAACACAGUUUUCAGCUAACAGUGAAAUGAUCCUGUAAACAUUCUGUAUUUUAAUACUGAAGGACAGUUCAGUACACACACGGUUCCAACACAAAUUUAGAUGAAUAUACUGUGAACAAUUUACAUUUAAAGCAAUGUACCACUUAUUGUGUUCAUAGAGAAAACGUCAAUAUAUUAAUGGUAGAUAUCUUGUGAUAUAUUGACCCCACAAUUUGCCGAUCUGCACCUUCAAAAUAUCGAACCUUCCUCAGCUCAUGUUGUUUUUCAGUUGUCUCCUUACAAGGAUGCAGGAUUAUUUCACCACAAACUGCAAAUUGUGUUUCUGCUGAUAUGACUUUUUGUACAUGAACAGCAGUAACAUGCAUGAAAGGAGAUUUCUGUAACAGCUAAAUAUUUAUCAUUGUAAAACUGUACUUUUUCAAAACGUAUGAAUGACCGAAUGUUAUGUGAACGUGUGUGUGUGUGUGUGUGUGUGUGUGUGUGUGUGUGUGUGUGUGUGUGUGUGUGUGUGUGUGUGUGUGUGUGUGCCUGAUGCAUGGAAGACCUGCUGUGUUGUGAGUUCGACCUCUGAAACACUGAGCUGCCGGUGAACAGUUGGUGUGUGACUCUUUUUACUGGAACUAUUUAUUUCUCAUAACCAUUGAAAGUAAAUUUAAACUGUUUCAUAAA